UGCAUUCCGGAGAACAGAAGGAGGAACAGGGCCUGGUUGUGGGCUGGACCACCGGUGCAUUGACCAACAAUAUCCUGCAGGUCAAACCAGAACAGAGGAGCAACAAGCUGCCAGUGAGAGAUUGAAUCCAGCCUUCACAAUGGCAGACAGCGGGAAGACUAAUGAGAGUGGAGCUGCAGCAGCAGAACCCGAUAAUGGAGACCAGCAGAAUAUUGUUUCCCGAGUGAGCCAUUUGCCUCUGGUCAGCUCGGCGUGCGGAGCGGUGUCCAGCGCCUACAGUAGCACCAAAGACAGCGUGCCCUUGCUGAAGGGAGUGAUGGAUGCAGCGGAGAGCGGGGUCCGGACCCUGGGGGCCGUGGCCACUACGGGCUCCAAGCCCCUCCUGGACAUUAUAGAACCACAGAUUGCCACGGUGAACGAGUAUGCCCUAAAAGGACUGAAUAAGAUGGAGGAGAAGCUGCCUAUUCUUCACCAGCCAGCAGACAAGGUGGUGUCGGACACAGUAGGUCUGGUGUACCAGUCGGUGGCGGGGGCCAAAGACGCUGUGCUGGGGGCUGCGAUGGGCGGGGUGGAGAUGACCUGGGCAGCCAUCAGCGGAGGGCUCAUGACCGCCAUGGGCACCAGGAUGGGCCAGAUGGUCAGCUCUGGGAUGGGCCUGGCACUGAGCCGCUCCGAGGACUGGGUCGAGCAGAACCUCCCCCUCGCUGAGACCGAGCUGGCUGCUGUGGCUGAACCUGCCAGCAGUGAGGUGACCGCGUCAACCACCCCCCCCAGCUACUUUGUCCGCUUGGGGAAACUCUCAGCCAAAGUCCAGGAGCGGGCCCUGCAGCACUCCCUGGGCCGGGCACGACAUGCCAGGGAUGCCACCUAUUCUACAGUGGCUCAGAUUACCAGUACUCUGGACCUGCUAGAGACUGCUCGCGCAGGUCUGGGUACCGCCAGUAACCAGAUAGGAGGAGCCUCCGAGCAGCUGCUGCAGCGCUGGACCGAGUGGAAGCAGAAGCAGGCUGGAGCUGGACAGACCGAGUCCGAGCUAGAUGGGACCAGAGAUGAGGCUGAGCAGCUGGAAUGGCGGGUCCUCUCCAUGGUGCAGGGUCUGAGCGACCAGCUGAAGUCAGCGUGCUCCAGCGUGGUGUCGAGUGCUCAGGGUCUGCCAGGUGCGGUCCAGGACCAGCUGACCAGCGCACGGCGAUCUGCUGAAGAACUGCACGCCUCUCUGGGGAACACCAGCACCAUCACACCCCUCCUCCUGGAGCAGAGCCGUCACAAGCUGAUCCAAGUUAAGCAGUCCCUGGAUGGUGUCAUGGAGUAUCUACUGAACAACACACCACUCAAUUGGUUGGUGGGACCUUUUGCUCCGCAGAUCACUGAGAGGGCAGAGGGAGCUGCGGCAAUGGAGCCGAGCAAACCACACGACUAGACUUCAAGACUUUGUUGUGUUCAUGAGUUAUUCAAGGUGAUGACAGACAUCUGUGUACUGUAGAUGCACCAUCUAAACAUAAAUAUGCUUGUUUUAAUGAAAAAAGGCCUUUCAUUAAUCAAUGUUUUCUACAUUAUGCACUAAUUAUUGUAUCUGUGAAACUAAAUGUGUGAUAUAAAAGUUAAUGGAAUUCAAUCAUAACCAAAAGCACUGACCUGUGGCCUUUGAAAAUUAACUAGUUUGUGCAUUUAUGUUUCCUAUAAGAUUAUAGUGUUUUUACAUAUCAAUGUAUGUAUCCUCUCAUACUGCUGUUUGAAAGACUUUUAAUAGUGCCUUAAAAUAAGUCAAAGCAAUUCCUUAAGAAUAAUCCAAAUGAAAAUUGUCUUUCAACACAGCUUUAACAAGUUGUGUUCAUAUAGUGUUUUCAUUUAUUGAAGGAUUUGCAGUUAUUAUUUCAGUAUUUUGUGUCUGAACUUUGAUAGAUUCAGCUAAUGAGCUGUCAAUAAGCUGACAUGUCAAAACAGUACAGUAUUAAUGUCAUGGCUGAAUACAUUAAUAAAGGUGUUAUUCCUGAG